GGAGGGAGGGAGGAGGAGGCCCCGUCGCGGCCUUCGCCGCCGCCAACGGGGCUGUCCCUGUAGCUCCCGAUGGAGUUUGAGGCCCUGAAACCGCCGCCGAGCUCUGCCCCGGCGAGACGAGGCGCCUCCGUCGCCAAGCCGCGCCGUCGCGGGGUCCCCGGGAGCGGCCCUUAGCGAUCCCGCCCGGGCCCCUCAGUACCGGGGAUUGAAUUUAAAGCUUCACAAACAUUAGCUUAUAAAACACUACACAGCAAAAUAAUGAUAUGCUAGAUUGCUAACUCGAGCAUCAGCUUCCACAAUGCCUGUGCAGGCAGCUCAAUGGACAGAGUUUCUGUCCUGUCCAAUCUGCUAUAAUGAAUUUGAUGAGAAUGUGCACAAACCCAUCAGUUUAGGUUGUUCGCAUACAGUUUGCAAGACCUGCUUGAAUAAACUUCACCGAAAAGCGUGUCCUUUUGACCAAACUGCCAUAAACACAGACAUUGAUGUGCUCCCUGUCAACUUUGCACUUCUUCAGUUAGUUGGAGCCCAGGUGCCAGAUCAUCAAUCAAUAAAAUUAAGUAAUCUAGGUGAGAAUAAACACUAUGAAGUGGCAAAAAAAUGUGUUGAAAAUUUGGCACUCUACUUAAAACCACUAAGUGGAGGUAAAGGUGUAGCUAGUUUGAACCAGAGUGCCCUAAGCCGUCCAAUGCAAAGGAAGCUAGUUACACUUGUAAACUGUCAACUGGUGGAGGAAGAAGGUCGUGUCAGAGCUAUGCGAGCGGCCCGUUCACUAGGAGAAAGAACUGUGACAGAACUGAUUCUGCAGCACCAGAACCCUCAGCAGCUUUCUGCCAACCUGUGGGCUGCCGUCAGGGCUCGAGGAUGCCAGUUUCUAGGACCAGCUAUGCAAGAAGAAGCCUUGAAGUUAGUAUUGCUAGCACUGGAAGAUGGUUCUGCCCUCUCAAGGAAAGUUCUGGUACUUUUUGUUGUGCAAAGACUAGAACCAAGAUUUCCUCAGGCAUCAAAAACAAGCAUUGGUCAUGUUGUGCAGCUACUGUAUCGAGCUUCUUGUUUUAAGGUUACUAAAAGGGAUGAAGACUCUUCCCUGAUGCAGCUAAAAGAGGAAUUUCGAAGUUAUGAGGCACUGCGCAGAGAACAUGAUGCCCAAAUUGUUCACAUUGCCAUGGAAGCAGGACUCCGUAUUUCACCUGAGCAGUGGUCCUCACUGCUGUAUGGGGACUUGGCUCAUAAAUCACACAUGCAAUCUAUCAUUGAUAAGCUUCAGUCUCCAGAAUCAUUUGCAAAGAGUGUCCAAGAAUUGACAAUUGUUUUGCAACGAACAGGUGACCCAGCUAAUUUAAAUAGACUGAGACCUCAUUUAGAACUUCUUGCAAACAUAGACCCUAAUCCAGAUGCUGUUUCUCCAACUUGGGAACAGCUGGAAAAUGCAAUGGUAGCUGUUAAAACAGUGGUUCAUGGUCUUGUGGACUUCAUACAAAACUAUAGUAGAAAAGGCCACGAGACACCCCAGCCCCAGCCCAACAGCAAGUACAAAACCAGCAUGUGCCGAGAUUUGCGACAACAAGGGGGUUGUCCACGAGGAACAAAUUGUACAUUUGCCCAUUCUCAGGAAGAACUUGAAAAGUACCGAUUGAGGAACAAAAAGAUGAGUGCAACUGUAAGAACAUUCCCUCUUCUGAAUAAAGUUGGUAUAAACAGCACUGUUACAACCACAGCCGGAAAUGGCAUUUCGGUCAUAGGAAGUACUGAAACAUCUGGGAAAAUUGUUUCAAGUACAAAUGGAAUUUCAAAUGCAGAAAACAGUGUUUCCCAGCUAAUCCCAAGAAGCACUGACAGUGCGCUUAGAACUCUGGAGACUGUGAAGAAAGUCGGGAAAGUUGGCACUAAUGGACAGAACCCUGCUGGGCCCUCUGCAGAGUCUGGAUCUGAAAAUAAAAUUGGUUCUCCUCCGAAGACUCCUGUAAGUAAUGCAGCAGCUACCUCCACUGGGCCCUCUAAUUUUGGAACAGAGUUAAGCUCUGUGCCUCCCAAAUCCAGCCCAUUUCUAACUAGAGUUCCAGUAUAUCCUCAGCAUUCUGAAAGCAUUCAGUAUUUUCAGGACCCAAGGACUCAGAUACCCUUUGAAGUCCCACAAUACCCACAAACAGGAUACUACCCACCACCUCCAACGGUACCAGCUGGUGUGACUCCUUGUGUUCCUCGCUUUGUGAGGUCCAGUAAUGUUCCAGAGUCCUCCCUCCCACCUGCUUCCAUGCCAUAUGCUGAUCAUUACAGUACAUUUUCCCCUCGAGACCGAAUGAAUUCUUCUCCUUACCAGCCUCCUCCUCCGCAGCAGUACGGACCAGUUCCUCCAGUACCUUCUGGAAUGUAUGCUCCUGUGUAUGACAGCAGGCGCAUCUGGCGCCCAGCUAUGUACCAACGAGAUGACAUUAUUAGAAGCAAUUCUUUACCUCCAAUGGAUGUGAUGCACUCAUCUGUCUAUCAGACAUCUUUACGGGAAAGAUAUAAUUCAUUAGAUGGAUAUUAUUCAGUGGCUUGUCAGCCACCAAAUGAGCCAAGGACGACUGUGCCUUUACCAAGGGAGCCUUGUAGUCAUUUGAAGACCAGUUGUGAGGAACAGAUAAGAAGAAAGCCAGAUCAGUGGGCACAGUACCAUACCCAGAAAGCACCUGUCUCUUCAACUCUUCCUGUGGCAACACAGUCACCAACACCACCUUCUCCUCUAUUCAGUGUAGACUUCCGAACAGAUUUCUCUGAGAAUGUGAGUGGCACAAAAUUUGAGGAAGACCAUCUUUCCCAUUAUUCUCCCUGGUCUUGUGGCACCAUAGGCUCUUGUAUAAAUGCCAUUGAUUCAGAGCCCAAAGACGUAAUCGCUAAUUCAAAUGCUGUGCUAAUGGACCUGGACAGUGGGGAUGUUAAGAGAAGAGUUCAUUUAUUUGAAACUCAGAGAAGGACAAAAGAAGAAGACCCAAUUAUUCCCUUUAGUGAUGGACCCAUUAUCUCAAAAUGGGGUGCAAUUUCCCGAUCCUCCCGAACAGGUUACCAUACAACAGAUCCCAUCCAGGCAACUGCUUCCCAAGGAAGUACUACUAAGCCCAUCAGUGUAUCAGAUUAUGUCCCUUAUGUCAAUGCUGUUGAUUCAAGGUGGAGUUCAUAUGGAAAUGAGGCCACAUCAUCAGCACACUAUAUUGAUCGGGACAGAUUCAUUGUUACUGAUUUAUCUGGUCAUAGAAAGCAUUCCAGUACUGGAGACCUUUUGAGCAUUGAACUUCAGCAGGCCAAGAGUAACUCAUUACUUCUUCAGAGGGAAGCUAAUGCUCUGGCCAUGCAACAGAAGUGGAAUUCCCUGGAUGAAGGCCGACAUCUUACUUUAAAUCUUCUAAGCAAGGAAAUUGAACUGAGAAAUGGAGAGAGUGAUUAUACAGAAGAUACAGUAGAUACGAAGCCCGAUAGAGAUAUUGAGUUAGAGCUUUCAGCACUUGAUACUGAUGAACCUGAUGGACAAAGUGAACAAAUUGAAGAAAUCUUGGACAUACAACUUGGCAUCAGUUCUCAAAAUGAUCAGUUGCUGAAUGGAACAGCAGUGGAAAAUGGCCAUCCUGGCCAGCAACAGCAGAAGGACCCAGUAAAGCAGAAGAGACAGAGUUUAGGUGAAGACCGUGUAACUCUGGAGGAACAAAAAACAAUUCUGCCGGUAACAUCUUGCUUUAACCAGCCACUCCCAGUGUCUAUUAGCAGUGCAGGCUGCCUCCCCAUCACCACAUCUGUCAGUGUUGGCAAUCUCAUCCUGAAAACUCAUGUUAUGUCUGAAGAUAAAAACGACUUUUUAAAACCUAUUGCAAAUGGGAAGAUGGUUAACAGCUGAAAGGAGGCUCAUCUUUCAAAUUUGUGACCACACCUUGGAAGCAUUUACACUAGCUUUUUAUAUAUAUAUAAUAUAUAUUAUAUAAUGUAUAUUUUUUUUAAAAAAAAAGAAUAUUAUUGGGGGCAUCCAUUUCCUGUGGACUCUUUGAUACUUCAAGCCCUCUUGCAUUAGCAUUAUGAAAAAAAAAAAAGAAAAUUUACUUUACUAGGGUAAUGUUCACUUUCCAGAAAUUAUUGGAAUUUGGACAUUUAACUUAAGCUUCAAGCAGCUUUUUAUGAGUUUGUAGCAAUCCGGUGCAGUAACUGAGCCAUUUCCUAUUUUAAAUGGCUUCUACAGUAAAUUAACAACUCAGUUAUUAAACUAGCAGGAUCCUACAAUGAUACAUCUAGUGAAAGUAGAGUUAAUUAAUUAACUAAUUUAUUUCUAUUUUAUGUUUCACUGAGAGAAAUAUCCAUCUCAUUCCAGAUGCUUUAUUUAUCUUUUUUAUUGAGCUUUGCAUGUAUUUUUCUUUUUUGUUUUUGAAGAGUGAAGUUAGAUGUUCUUACCAUAGAGUUUUACAGGGUUAUAUACUAGCUUUACUGCAUUAUAUGUAGAAGUGUGGUGCAGUGCUUUUUAUCUGUAGCGUUUAAUUUUUUUAAUUUUCCAUUUUUCAAGGAUAGUUUCUGCUUUGUUAAUAUUUAUACAAAGGCUACUUGUUGAAGUAAUUAACUAAAAAUAUAACCAAGUGCCUAAGUCUUUCAGCUGAUGUACUAGAUAUUAAAUUCUCCUAAGUUAUGCAGAAUCGUUUUUACAAUUUUGAUAAAUUAUGCACUAAUGUAAUGGCAAUUUUUUAAAAUGCAGAUUUAAGCCUGUACAUUAUUGAAUCUGAUGACUUGGCAAAAGAAUCAGGUGCUUUCAGCUUUCUUGAGAAAACCCUGUAUGUAGCGUUUGCACUGAUUAACAAGACGGUAUUGCUGGGUCUUUAAUUUAAAUUAAUUUGGGUGUUCAUUGCAUUGUUUUAGUUACAUAUUGUUUAUUGUUUACUUCAUAUUGGGUUUAAUUUUCCAUGUUUUCUGACUGUUAGGUUGAUAAGACUUUGAACCAUGUAGUAGUAGAACAUUGGCUAACAUUUAUCCAUACUUAAAAACAUGAAUAAUUUCUGCCCUGCCAUAAUGUGACUGAAAUUUUUAGUUGGCAUCUGUCUAGCCAGCCAUGUCUCAGAUUUGUGAGUGGUAUUUUAUUGAAGCUUAAAUUUCAGUCAACGUUUGAAAACAAAAGCUGGGCAUUUCUUCCUGGUGGUAAUAUUACCUAUAGUUUGUUGGGUUUUUGUUUUGUUUUGUUUUUCCUCCAUUUCUUUAAGAUUAGUUUGACUUUUAUUGUUUUUUAAUUAACUUCUGUGAAGUUGUUUACUCUGAAAAUUGUACUGGAAUAUUUUAAGCCAAGCUGAUCUUUCACCAGGUGUACUGUAUGUAAGGGCUUCUCCUGCUAGCAAGAUGCUUAAACAGGAUCAUGUUAUUGGUCGUCUGAGCUAUUUAGUUAUUUUACAAAAAAAAAAAAAACCACAGCAUUGUAUCAGAUAAGAUUUUGAUAAAAAGUUUUGUGCACAUUUCCAGGGGUGGGAGGGUUGACAUUUCCCUGAAAUUUCUUGAUUGGAAUGAGUAAAUACUGGUGUUUGAUAACUGUCUUAAUGAACAUGCUCAUAAGGUGACUGAUAAGUUGUAAAUAAUACCUGAGAAACAAAGGGGUAGUUUUGAUAUUCUGGUGUCAGUAUGGAAGAUCUUACACAUUUAUUUAAUACUUAAGUGUAUGGAGAUGUUUGUUUGUAGCAUAACAGCACAGUAGCCUUGACUUAAUUUCCUUUGGUUAAUACUGUACCUUUUGCCAUGGCCAGUGCUCCCCAUCCCUACAAAGACAUUUUAUUUAUUUCACUCUAUAACCUGAAAUGAAUAGGAACAAGAGUUUUAAACCAUGUUACAUUAACUUAUUUCUGACAUUAUGUAUUAGCCUAGGAUAUUACAGGAACUUGAUUGUUAUAUAAUUUAUAUCAGAACCUUUCUAUGAAUAUGAGCUUAUUACAUUUGAAAUGCUUCCAAUGCUCUUUUUUUUCCUUUUGUAAUUCCAAAAAGGUUAUGUAAACCAGUCUGUCUAUUUCAUGGAUAUUUAAUAGUGAGAUCUUCCAUGUUGAAGGUAAUGUAUUUUUUUUUAAGAUUUUAAAAUUGCUAUUUUGUUACAAAAUAGAGACCUAUUAACAGUUGAGAGCUCCUUAUGUGCCCUCAGGGAAAGAACCCUCUGUGCAACAGAACUACACAAACAUCUUCAGUACUUUCUGAGGGUGGUUAUAUACUACAUAAAUUGAUCUUGUGUAAUUAUCCUUAUCUUUUUAAUUUUAAAAUUGACAUUUGAAGCGUGGUUGUGCUCUGCUGGAGGGGGUUGGGAUGCUUAGGUGUUUGCCUACUUGUUCAGUAAAUUACAUUUGCAUCAGUAUGUGUUCCUGCCAACCUUAUUGGUAUGUCUCAAAUACUUAGUGUCAAAAAUAAUACUUGUCUUGCAGUAGAUGAUCCCAGAAAAUAGUAACUCCCUAUUCUUAGAUUUUUACUCUUUCUCACUAACAACAAAGGAAUUGUUUUUGUUUCAUUAUUCUGUAUUGCAUCUUUUAUGUAGUGUCAACCUACUGUCUGUUUUGGUGGGUUAAUGUGAAAUAAAGCCAUUGGAUUUCUGCCACUUCAGAAGAAAGGACAGUUAGUCUGACCUUUCUUCAAAAUGAUACCUAAUGAUGUCAUAAGGAAAAUAGUACAAAAAGACCUAGAACAUGGCUUAUUAAAAUUGGGGGCAAUCAUCACUUUGACCCUUUAAUAAGACAUUAUGAUGAAUACGUUUGGCAUCAGAGAUUACAGCUGCAAUAGAAGAGAAAAUUAGUAGUGUUGAUAUCUAAACUGCAUGUGUUGCCUAUGGAUGUAAUCAGGAAAAAGCACUCUUGAGGUCUGAAAAGCAGAAAAAUGAUGUUGGUUUCCUUGUGUUUUGUUUUUCUUCCCAGUUUCUAAAUCCAGUCAGUGUACCACAUUCAGAUGCUGUGAAUAUAGCAUCUUUAGUCUUGUGUGGGGUCAUUUCAUUUUAUGAAUUCUAAGAGUUCUAUGUGUAUUUCUUCUAGUUGGUACCUAGACAAAUCAUAUUCUCUUACCUAUGCUACCAUGACUUAUUUUAAUGCCGUGCAGUAAACCAGUAUAUGUGGGGAUGUGGGGACAGCUGUACAUUCAAAAAAAAAAGAGGUAGCUCUUUAGGCCUAUGGCACUUAUUCUCUUCUUUCGUACUUUUUACCCUAGUAAAAGAACUAAAUGAAACCUCUCAUACAAAAACUAAAAAUUCCCUUUUGUAUGGAUCCUAGUCACUUUGACCCAGAUUUCAAGUUGAUGCUGAGUUACAAAGCACAUCCUGAUUUUAUAUACAGAAGAUUACAGAAUGCAGUGGUUUGUAGGACUUUUGAAAAAUAGGAUCAUUUAACCAUUUGAAAAAGAUUGUUUAAAAGCCACCUGCCCUACUUUUGAAUUUUAGAUGUGAUACAGCCCAUGUUGUCUUUUUAGCUAGAGUUGGACAUUAUAACAAUCGGAUUCAGCAUAUGAUUUCAGCUGUGAAUCUGAGUAUUUCUUCCCUUGUUUCUUUAAAUUAUUUUAUGAGCAGUCUGUCAUCAAUAUUGGUAAUUAAUCAUUAAAGAGAAAAGUUGCAUUGCAGCUGUAUUAGUGUCUUAGAACUUUUCUUGUGUUUUAGUGAAUCAAGAGUACUGAUGGGAUCACUUACUGUAACUUCUUCUACAGAAGGGCACCUUCUGCAAGCAGAACACAAAUGAACAUGCUCAAGGAGUAUCCCGUUUUCUAAAGAUUAAGUUUGCUAGUAACUCCUUUACAUGAGCUGUUUCUUUGUAUCCCUUUGCUGGCAAGGGAGUACAAGGAGUCAAACCCCAGAUCAGAACACCCCACAUUUGAGUGGAGACUUAUUUUUACUCUAAGGGGAGUUAUUCCCCCAAGUAUGAAACUGGCAAUUUUUUUCUCUUAUAUAAAAAAUUAAAAAAUAUCCCCUAAACCAAUGGAAAAUAGAUACUGGCUGCACUUAGUACUGCCAAAAGCCAAAGUCAUUUGCACAUAUUCCAUCAACCUGUCAAGAAUUAGGCCUCUCUUUAUAACCCACAGCAUGAAAGUGCAUGCAUUCUCUUAGCUGGGCAAACAAUUAUACUGUAGUUGUGAUACAACACAUGUGGCUUUUAUUUGUACUGCACAUACCCACUGUACAGCCACUUGGGAGUAUCGUGGUUAGCUUACAACAACUGCCGUUUGCAUUUAUACUGUUUAUUGCAUAUUCUUUUCCCUGGAAGUGAAAGAGAAAUGUUCUUCUUGUUGCAUUGAUUACAUUUUAUAAAUUUGCUUAGCUGGAAAGUUUGGGGAAAGAGGCCUAUUUGUCAAUUGUACAACCGAUUGUGAAGCUUAGUGUGAAUAUUUUUACGUCUGUAUUAGACAUUUUCUUUGCAAAUCUAUUGUUCGAUUGAAAUGUAAAUGAAAUUAAAGAUGGUGUACACCCAUCAUGUAAAAAGCAGGCACCAUCUCUAAGAUGGAUUUAAUGCUCAUUUUUAAGGCAUAUACUCAGCUUCUAUUUAAAACUAUAAAAUAAUUCUGUACAAUGAAAUAUGGGGAAUAUAUAUGGGAAUAAAUUCUAUUCCAUUUAUUUCAAUUUGAAUUUCCAAAUUGUAAUGUUUCCCUUUGUGCUAUAGGAAUAGGAUUAAAUGGGGGGAAGGCUAGAACUUAUAAGGCCUGUAUAUGGGGGGAGGGCAGAGAUGGAACAAUGAGGGUUGUGAUGAUAGUGAAUAGCAAAGAGUGAAUUCUAUGUGUUUUUGCUGUAGCACUGAAGUGAAGAGAUAUUAGCUUUGGCUGUUCACAAACUAGAGCAUCAUGAUUUUCAGUGUUUGAGAGAAAAUUGAUGGAAAAAGUUUGCAGUACUUGACAUGUAUUUGCAUGCACAAAAUAAAAUUAUUUGUCCACCUUAAAA